ACAAAUUUCAAACAAACAAGUGAAAAACUUUGCCCGCACUACAUAUAAAUUAAUUGCAAUAUAAGCGUAAUUUUUAUUUAGUAAACCGGUUAAAAACUUAAAACCUACUCGACAAUGAUGUAGGGUGUGUUCGGUAUCAUUUUCGGUUUUUAGUUACGUAAAACGGUUUUGAUUAUUUUGUUAUUUUUUCAAAAUAUCGGUGGUAAAGAGAGAAAAUUAUUGUGUUAAAUUAAAAAUCAAAUGUCAUCAAUUGGUAAUGUUGUGCACCAGGUGGCAUUCAUUUGUGCCUCCUCAAAUAUUUCUUGUGUAAAAGUUAGGCAAAUUUGCCAAAAACAACCUUUUAAAGCCAUUUUUUUGUGAAAAACAACCUUUUAAAUUUUUUUUUUGCCAAAAACAACCUUAAAGUAAAAAAAAGUUGUGAAAGACAGCCUUUGUGUGUUUUCAGGCAUUGACCAACAAUUUUCCGGUUUGACUUUGGUUGUGCCGGUCACGUGAUGUCGUGUUUUGUUAGUGACACCCCUUUUCCCUCCAUUUUCCUCCCUAUAAAAGACUGAACCUUGAAAACCUUAAAAAAAAAAUCUGGAAUUCCAAGAGGAUGAAAUGCAGCGCCAUUAAUGAAGCUCCAGCCAUUAAUUCCAUCCAUUGAAUGCUGAAAUAGCAAGGCAUCAACAUCAAAGAAAAGGAAGAGGAAAACGACAGAGUUGGUUGGAAAUUACAGACUCAUACAGAAAUCAAGGUUUAACGGUAGGAUUCACAUAGACUACACUUGGUAUAAAUUGAUGGAGCCUAUCACGAUUAGAUUGUUUCACGGGGGUCAGUUUGUAACGAAUAAUAAUAAAACUACGUAUGAAAGGGGCGAUAAUCCUAAGGCGGGGAUGGCAUUGCAUACAAAUGUUGACGAAGUAUGCUAUUUUGAGUUUUGUGAUUGGAUUAAGAGGGAUUUGGGGUAUGAUGAGGUGGGUCAAAUAUGGUUUCGGAGGCGUGGUUGUAGCUUAAAUGGGAAUGGUAGGAAAGAAAUAAAGAGUGACGCUGAGAUUCCGGAUUUUUUGAGCGCACCCGAGAAGGAUGGAUCGUACAAUCUAUAUGUGGUACAUGUUGAGAAGGGGUUUGAUCCGAGGAGUAGAUUUCCUGCAUAUGUGAGGUGGUACACUGAGAGUGAAAGUGAUACAACUGAGGGAAGUGGAGGAGGGAGUAAUUCUGUGAGUGUUGACUCAGCAAGGGGGGCCCCAUCUGUUGUCCAAGUGAGCAGCACAGUCAGCCCUAAUAGUCAAACCCCUCAGUCCAGUCAACACUCACAACAUGUGAACAAGUUGCCCCCACUUACAAAUCUGACCAGAAAUAACCUACCCCCUCCAUCAAAUCUGAAUCCCUCCCUCAUACUCCCAUCUAUCCCUCAAAAACCAUUCUCACUACUAGACCAAGCAGUGAGACAGAAACUGCCCACAGUUUCCCUAUUCAAGAGAACCCUUGACCAAAAAAGGGCACAGCUAGGUGUGACUGGUGGAGGUGAUGAGGAGAGACUGGUGGUAGCUGGAGUUGAACAAGAGAGAGCUGUGUUUGAGGGGAAGAGAGCUGCUGCAAGUGAGGGGAAAAGAGGUGUGUUUGAGGGGAAGAGAGCUGCUGCAAGUGAGGGGAAAAGAGGUGGGUUUAAGGGGAAGAGAGCUGCUGCAAGUGAGGGGAGAACAGGUGAGGGGGCUGCAGGGGAGGAUUCAGUAGCAGAGGGUGGGUGUGAGGACAGUGAGGAUAGUGAUGUACUCUUGAGUGAUAAUGACUUUGAGGAUGAGAGUGAUGAUGAUCUAUUUCAUGAGUUUGUAGAUCAUGAAAUUAGUGAAGAUGUUUGUAGGAGUCUGGGUGCACUGACAGGGGCAGUGGGUGGAGUGGUUGAAAAAAAUGAUUCAGAUGAAGAGGGUGAAGUUGGUGAGCAAGAAAUUGGUGAUGAUGUGGAGCUAAAUGACAGUGAUGGUGAGGUUGUAAGUGUUAUAGGGUCAGAUGAUGAAGGCCCUAACUACCCUGUGUUUAAUCCUGCAGUAGAUUUCAAAGGUAGUGUGGAGUUGUGGAAAGGGUUGAAAUUUCCCUCUAACAUAAUUUUGAGGAAUUGA